AUGACAUUACUUGACACGAUGAAGUUUCAAAACGAGCCAGUUGGUGCAGAUAAGAAUCAUAACUAUGCUUCAAAGGCAACGUUCCCUUAUGAGAUCAUAAGGAUUGUUGGUCAGGGUACAUUUGGAAAGGUGUACGAGGCUACCAACUCUGACAACAAACGUGUUGCCAUCAAAAAGGUUGAGAAAUCCAGUCAUUUCAUCAGUCGAGAAUAUGACAUACUCAAAGUGAUCAAUCAUCCAAAUUGUCUAAAGCUACUAGAUAUGUACAUGACCAAUGAAGAGAAUAAGAAGAUGCAGUAUCUGGUAUUUGACUUUAUCCCAUAUACUUUGGCAAGCUUGUUGAAGAAGAAACAGUUGUCACUUGGCUUUAUUCGAGUAUUAUUCUAUCAGUUGUGUCUGUCAAUCAAACAUAUACAUGCAAAGUUCAUCUGUCACAGAGAUAUUACACCCAACAAUAUAUUGUUGAAUGCCAAGGGUGAGCUUGUACUCGCUGACUUUGGAAGUGCCAAGAUAUUAGAACACAACCAUACCAGUAUGUCAUAUAUAUGCUCCAGGUACUACCGUGCACCUGAACUCCUAGUGGGUUGCCAAACCUACACAACUAAAAUAGAUAUAUGGUCGAUUGGAUGUAUCUUGGCAGAGAUGUUGAAGGGAAAGCCAGUGUUCCCAGGUACCAACUCAGCAGAUCAAUUCGCUAGAAUAAUAGAUAUCUUGGGUAGUCCAUCCCAUGACGAUAUGGAGGCAAUGCGUCCAAGCAAGUCAAACAACUUCCAUAUACCAACAGUCAAGUCCAGGUUCAACGAUACAUUCAGCAAUGUAGAAGACAAGGAAGUAUUGGACCUCCUUUCUAAAAUACUCAUUCUCGAUCCAACAAAGAGAGCAUCAAUUGAAGAGAUAUUAGCACAUCCAUUCCUUCAUAAUGUCAACUUGAACUCACUUGAGUUGUUUGAUGAGAUGAAGUGUUUCACAAAGAUGGUGUCACAGCAACAACAGCAGAGCAGUGCAGUUAGUUCAUCAUCAGCAAUGAGUGCCACAGCAAACUCUGGCGUGACAACUGCAUCAUCGACUCACUUGUCAAAGAUGAACACUGGUGUAACAACCAGUAGCAACAACCUUAACAUCAACAUGGUGGGUGGCAACAAGAACAAUUCCACCAACAACUCGAAUGCCUCUCUGUUAAAGAGUCAGGCGCCAUUAUCAAUCAACACAAUAUAG